GGAGGCUGUUGCCAGGGAACAGAGGAGUACCGGGAAAAAGAGCGGCAGGAUGAUCUAAUGGGGUAAACAGACAUGCUGAUGCUCUUUUUUGCCAAGUUCUACUGCAUACGAGCAUCCUGAAAACAACGAUGAAUUGUUAUAAAGAAACAUAGUAUUUUGACAGAGAAGACGAAGGCGCUCACCCUUCAGAGUCUUCUUCACAAAGGUGGACCCAGACGAGGGAGAAGAGAGGAGGGGGUGGGGGGGCUCAAGCACAGAGGUGCCCCCUGUCUUUAGACACCUGCUGCAUACUAGCAGCUGACAUCGAGGGACACAGUAGGACUGUCUGCAAAAGAGUGUGUGUCGAUGCAUGUAAAUUGGACGAGAGAAGAAAUCUGCAGCAGGACCGAUGCACGUCUGCUGGUGGAGACGAUCGUGACCCUCCACUGUUAAAUCUGGAACUGAGCAGGGAAAAUAACGGAGAACAGAGCAGCUGGAGGAGCUGCGGAAGUGGGACACUGCUCAUCUCAUGCACAUGCUGCCUUGUUUGAGAGAUGGGCACCACCGAGGCAACUCUUAGGUUGGAGAACAUGGAGGUGAAAGAUGAGUGGCAAGAUGAAGACUUUCCCAGACCUCUACCAGAGUACGGCGACAUGGAUUCAUCCUACAGUCUGACAGACAAUAGAAGCUCUCCUCCUGCUUCCCUGAAUGUGAACCCACCUGGUGGAGGGGCCAGUGUGCCCUCAGCUAACCACAAACGCAGAACUCUGGUUGCUCCUGAGAUGAACCUGUCCCUGGAUCACAGCGAGGGCUCACUGUUGUCAGAUGACUUCCUGGACACACCAGAUGACAUCAAUGUGGAUGACAUCGACACACCAGAUGAAACAGACUCCCUGGAGUUUAUCACCAACGGCAACGACCUUGAGUGGGAAGAUGACACGCCUGUGGCCUCGGCCAAGGCUGGUCCGGCAGCUGGUUGUGUGGAGGUGAAUGAGGAUGCAAAUGCCAACAACGGCCGCCUGUGGAGAACUGUAAUUAUAGGAGAACGGGAGCAUCGUAUUGACAUGCAGAUCAUCAAACCCUACCUCCGAGUCAUCACUCAUGGAGGUUAUUACGGCGAAGGACUGAAUGCCAUCAUUGUGUUCUCCGCCUGCUACCUGCCUGACAGCAGCUGCUCUGACUACCAUUACAUCAUGGAGAACCUCUUCCUGUACGUGGUGAGCAGCCUCGAGAUGCUGGUGGCUGAGGAUUACCUGAUCAUCUACAUGAACGGAGCGACUCCUCGGAGUAAGAUGCCUGGGAUCAGUUGGCUCAAGAAAUGCUACCAAAUGAUCGACAGAAGAUUGAGAAAGAACCUGAAAUCGUUGGUAAUCGCUCACCCAACUUGGUUUAUACGCACCGUCUUGGCGAUUUCCAGACCCUUCAUCAGUGUGAAGUUCAUGAAUAAGAUCCAGUACGUUCACAGUCUGGAUGAGCUGGCAGAGAUUGUCCCCAUGGAGCACGUCCACGUCCCUGAAUCUGUGGCGCAAUUUGAUGAGGAAAGGAUUAAAGCCAGGAGGGAGAGGAUGGAGCAGGAGCAGAGACAGCAGGAGCAGCAAGAGCCUGUCUCUCGAGAUCAAACGAAAAAGUCUGAUGGGCCAAAAUCAAUGAUAGAAAACAGAGGAUUAUGAAAAGAAAAAAGAAGUGGAGUGCGACAGAGGAAACUGGAUCUCCUGAGGGACCCCUGUGAGCACUCGCUCCAUCAACUGUAACAUAAUCAGCAUUCAGCAUCAACAGCGCCUGAUCAGGUCCUGAUGCUGCCACUCAUCACCAGAGGGAACAUCCUUAAAAAAUCUCACUGGAGAGUUUCAUGCUGCGGCACAAUGUAUUUUAAGAAAGUUAGGGCUUCUCGGGGCCCCAUUCAAAGAUGCUGCUGAUUGUACACUGAACUAUUGAUGCCGAGGAGGUUGUACGACUUGUACGGUUGUACGACGAAGUAUUUUGAGUCCAGAAAAUUUGAUCACAUCUUAGUUAUGAAUAUCUUUACCUUACGAUACUUGGCAGAAUAUUUUCAAAAAAAAUUUCAAAAAAAUGUUACAAAAUCUCCCAUAAAUGUUUACAUCAAUAUCUUAUGUAGCAAAACCCUCAGCUGUAUAUACGUGACUUUUGUUGUAUCGAUUUAUUUAAAUGUUUCUGUACUGUAUGCCUUCAGAUAGGUUGUGGCCUCAUCAUCAUUGCAGUGAAUAACCUUCGCUACAGCCAGUGCGGUUCCAUGCAACAGUUUCUCAUAUAUUCAAAACAUCAGCACAUUCAAGUGUCCAAAUUUGAAAUUGUUAUUUAUGGUUAUCGCAAAAAUGCAAGUAUAUCUUCAAUAGAGCCUAAGUUACAUUUGAUAAUGAGAUUUGUUUUGAUGGGUAUUUUAUUUGCUACACUUUUCGUUCGUGCACAUGAGUAGCAUGACUAUUAUGUCAAAUUGCAUAUUGGACUAGAACUAGCUUCAUGAUUGUUAGCAGCAUGCUAGCUGUUGAGCACUUCUAAAAAAAACAAUAAGAUGCCUGUUUCAUGUAUAUUUUUGCUCAUCUGUUGCCUUAAAGCUAAUAGUUUACAAAAGAAUGUACUUUUUAAAGUAACCAUUCAUUGUACUUGCCAAACAAGACACAUACUAGUGUCUUAUCGCACAGUCUUUCAAUGACUGGAAGGUUAAAAUUAUAACCAGCGAAAAGGAAUAGUUGCUCAUGCAAACAUAUUUCCUUCAUGUUAAAAACCAUUGGACACAUUUACAAACAUGAUGUUGAAUUUGACUCAAGCACAAUAUGACAAACACCUCUCGAUUAUGACGUCAACGUGAUUCAGCUGGGGCAACAUUGUUUACUUCAUUGACCUCAGGUGUCAAUGGCUGCCUUGUAAAUAAAACAUGACCUAAAUGUGUUUCGUUUGAAUUAAUUCACAACGAUGACAAUACUUCAUUGUUGAAGGACCAUUGUUCACAGAAAAAUGAAACUCACCUUUUACCAUACAAAAUCAACCUACAUACAUACAGUACAUACAGUAUACUUCUCUCUCCCCACCCUCAUCUGUUUUCUCCAGCCUCAGUGUUUGGUUAGUAAAGUAACAUACACAAAAAAACUCAUGCUUGGCAGUUUUUUUUUUUCAGACACAGAUUGGAGCCUUAGACAGGUCACCAGACAACACAAGGCACCUACAGGGCGCCUUACUGCUCUGCUGAGUCUUCU